CAUCAAUCUGGAAGCUACCUUGCCCCAAAGUCCAGAUAACCUGCGUGGCCGGACCCUGCCUGCCAGCUGUUGCCCCUUGACCGGCCGACGUCGACAUGACCAGUGUAUGUCCUCGUUCUAUGUAGACACGGUAUUGCUCGGACCGCCGUCCGGACUCGGACGCAGGAGCAGCUCCAGCAGGACCUGCUCAAGAUCUCCAAGUAUCGGGAUUUGGAGGCUAGCUUUCGACAGCGGGUGAAGGAAGGCUUGUUCGAUCACGACACUUUUCAACUCACCUCGCAGCUUCUCCGGCUUAAUCCAGAAUACUACACCGUGUGGAACGCCCGCAGACGCUGCAUGAAUAUCUGCAUACUUUCACAGUCUGCACCGUCCUUGACACCAUCGUGGAUGUCCGCAUCCGCAUCCUCAUCUUCUCCCAAUCCUGCGCAGUCCCUCCAGAGCUCGUCGCCGGGCGGGCCCCGUGAAGGCUCAACGACCCCGGAUAACCAGGCACUCAGGUCCGAACUUUCUUUCACGGUGCCCUUGCUGGUAGAAUUUCCCAAGUGCUACUGGAUUUGGAAGUACAGGCUCUGGAUCCUCGCCCAGGCUAUUGUCAAGCUGCCUGUCGGCCCCGCGCGGGCAAUUUGGCAAGACGAACUGGGUCUUGUCACCAAGAUGCUCGACAAGGACGGGAGGAAUUUCCACGCUUGGGGCUAUCGGCGCCACGUCGUUGCACAACUGGAGAGCCCGAUACUUGCUGGCAAUUGCAUGGUUGAGUCCGAGUUUGAGUACACUACCAAGAUGAUAUCCAGGGAUCUCUCAAACUUUUCCGCAUGGCAUAAUCGUAGCCAGCUGAUACCUCGCCUGCUCAACGAACGCGGGGCGGACGACGAAGCUCGAAGGAUUUUUCUAGAGACUGAGCUCGACCUUGUAAAUGAAGGGCUCAAUGUUGGUCCCGAGGACCAGUCUCUUUGGUACUACCAUGAAUUUCUCGUGUCGAACGUGGCCGAGGCCAGAGGCAUUGCCACCAUAGCUCCUCACCUGCCACUGGCAGAUCGCAGGUCUCAUGUGGUCUCGCAAAUCAGCAACAUUCGCGAGCUUCUAGAAGAUUAUGACGACAUCAAAACCAUAUAUGAGGCACUGAUCAACUACACCAUCCUUGUCGGCCGUUUAGAUAAUCAAACAUUGCACGAAGAAGAAAAGCACGACGUGCAACAAUGGCUCGGAAGGUUAAAGGCCCUGGAUUCGAAGCGCAACGGCAGGUGGAUUGACCUGGAGGGACAGCUCAGCCUGAACAAAAGCUAG